AUGGAUCUAAUUGGCAAGAUUAAUCCUCCUUCAUCAAAAGGUCAUCAUUGGAUUAUUCUAGCUACCGAUUGCUUUACUAAAUGGGUAGAAGCCGAGGAAUAUGUAUCGGUAACUCAUAAUACCGUUAUACAAUUUUUGGAGCGACAUAUCUUUCACCGAUUUGGAUUACCGGAAACAAUUGUUGCCGAUAAUGGAUCUAUUUUUCGAGCAAAUGAAGUAUUACAACUUGGCCGUGACAUGCAGGUGAAAAUGGUAAUUUCAACACCCUAUUAUGCUCAAGGGAAUGGUCAAGCCGAGGCUUCAAAUAAAGUUGUUAUUGAAAUUAUUGAUAAAAUGAUAAAAGACAAACGAAGGCGUUGGCAUGAAACUCUUUCAGAAGCCUUAUGGGCCUAUAGAAACUCAAAAAGGACAAGUACGGGAACAACUCCAUAUCGGUUAACAUUUGAUCAUGAUGCGGUGUUGCAGAUGGAAUUAAACGUUAAAUCGGCAAGGGUAGCUUUGCAACAUAAUCUCAUACCUGCUGAUUAUAAUGAAGCUAUGCUAAUUGAGUUAGAAGAUUUAGAUGAGGUCCAGAAACUUGCUUUGGACCACCUUAUGGUUCAUAAAGUAAAGUAA